CUCCCCUUGGCCGGCGGCCCCUCCUCCCGGACCAUGGAGCCCGGCGCGGGCGCCCCGGGCUGCGCCGCCGAGCGCCGAGAGGCCGGGCCCGAAGCCUCGGCGCCUUCGCGGGAGGCGGCGGACGAGUGGCCGCCCUCGUCCCUGUCGCCCUCGGGGCUCCUCUCGCCGCCGCGGCCCGCGAGCCUCGGCGUGGGCGAGGCGCGGCUGCGUGAGGCCGGCGGGGGCAGGAUGGCGGCCGGCGGGUUGCUGGAGGCCGGCCUGGCCCGGGUGCUCUUCUACCCGACGCUGCUGUACACCCUGUUCCGCGGGAAGGUGCCGGGCUGGGCGCACCGCGACUGGUACCACCGCAUCGACCCCACGGUGCUGCUGGGCGCGCUGCCGCUGCGGAACAUGACGCGCCGGCUGGUUCAGGACGAGAACGUGCGCGGGGUGAUCACCAUGAACGAGGAAUAUGAGACGCGGUUCCUGUGUAACUCCUCAAAGGAAUGGAAGAAAGUAGGAGUCGAACAGCUGCGGCUCAGCACAGUAGACAUGACUGGAGUCCCAACCUUGGCUAACCUCCAGAAAGGAGUCCAGUUUGCUCUUAAGUACCAGUCGCUGGGCCAGUCUGUCUACGUGCAUUGUAAGGCUGGGCGCUCCAGAAGUGCCACUAUGGUGGCAGCGUAUCUGAUUCAGGUGUACAACUGGAGUCCAGAGGAGGCUGUAAGAGCCAUCACCAAGAUCCGGUCACACAUCCACAUCAGAUCUGGCCAGUUGGAAGUUCUCAAAGAGUUCCACAAGGAGAUUACUGCAGGGGCAGCAAAGGAUAAGACUUGUCACACAUCACAGACGUGAAAUACACAGAUUAGAAAGAACUCAAGACAAUGCUGCUUGCUACAGAAUCAAAUAGUUUUAACAGGACCAAGGGGGCCUAAACCCAGACUUGACAUAGCAGAAAUGUGCUAAGUAAUGGAUAAUUUUGCUCCCUUUGUCUUGUUUCACUUUCCUGAAGUAACACUGUUGUAUGUCUAGAGAGAUUUAGUGUGGCUUCAAUUCACUGGCUAUGGGGAUAUGGGAUGAGGGUCUUUGUUUUCUCAAGUAGAGUCAAAGAAAUCUAUUGUG